AGGGACAAAAGUUCCGCGGAUUCUAAAUUAAGCCUCAUUCUGCUUCAUUGACUACUUCAGUUCAGACCCUCAGUCUCAGACAUCGCAGUUCCCAAAACUUUGUUUAAAAAAUUUAAGUGCUCCUGUUGCUGUGCAUUCUAUUCCUCCACAAAAUGGCUACUACAAUUGAAUUGAGCAGCAUUGCCUUACAAAAUCUCUGCCAACGCUAUCACGAAUAUAACCAUCAGUCCAAUCAGCCACGCACACUUGAAGUGCUCAGCUACGAGCAUUCAUCCAACACAGACACAGUUGCCGGCUUCCUUGGUCGUCAUCAGCUUCUCAAACUCAACGUGCGUCGUAUUGAUGUUGAUGGCCAAGAGCAUUUCGAAAAACUACAUUUCUUUACAAAAUCUCCAAUAAUAGAGUUGGCUUCCCACAUGGAUUACGUAGAAGAGUAUGGCGUUUUUAAAAAGGAAGUGUACGUUUACCGUGAAGUGCUACCCGAAUUGCAGAAAAUCUUUCCCAAUAUGGCGCCAAAGUGUUACUACGCCGAUGAGCGAUUACUUGUCUUCGAGCACCUUGGCGAUCAGGAAUUCCGCAUGGGUGCCGAACGUGAUGGCUUACUAAACUAUGAGCACCUCCACUGUGCACUAAAAACACUGGCAGCGUUGCAUGCCAGUUCGAUUGUUUAUGAGGUGCGUCGUGGCCGUAAGCUGAAUGAGUUAUAUCCCGACGCGGUGGUGGAGAAUGCCUAUCCGUUGGGUAUUUCGGAGACACACGUGCGCUCGCAAAACUUCAAUAACGCGAAUCGCGUAUUUGCAGAACUCAUAAAACUACUACCGAAAUAUCAAGAAAACCUGGACUAUAUUUUAAGUGAAUUUCCGCAACGCAUGGCAAUGAUCUUCGAGUUAACUCAGACGUCAGACAAAUAUUUGAAUGUGUUUUCCCAUGCUGACUUGUGGGCAAAUAAUGUUAUGUUUCAGUAUGGCAAAUUUGGAGCAUUGCCUCAACAGAGUCGCUUGGUGGACUUCCAACUGGCGCGGUAUGCCCCACCUAUGGUGGACUUGAUGACUGUUCUCACUAUACCGACCAGCAGUAACUUCCGCAAGCAACAUUUAUCUGAAUUGCUUUCUGACUACUAUCGUUUUAUGACGGAAUUCCUGAAGAGUGAGCAGUUGAAUAUUGAAGACUACUUGCCGCGUCAAGAAUUCUACGAGACCGCGGAGAAGUUCCGAAUCGUCGGACCCAUCGAAAGUUUGCUUUUCUCGCACUUGACAAUUUUACCUCCAGCAGUGGCUCAGGCAGUGACGUCAUCAGCGAAUGGUUUCAGUGACUUUUUCGAUGCCAAGCGUGUGGACAUGUGUUUGGAAGCUUUUCGCACUGACGAAAUUUAUAGAGAGAGAUUGACCGAUAUGUUGAAAGAUUUGAUAGAUAAUUUUGUAUUGAAUAUUAAAAUUUAAAUAAAAAAUUUUUGCGUAUUAAAUGUUUAGUAAAUUGUUGCUCAUUUGUUGUGAUUUAGUUAAAAUAAUGUUUUAGUGAGAGAGUAAUCAA